AUGUCAGAAACGACUGUUAUCCAGCACAAUCAUAUAGAUGACGAUUGGCUUCUCGAAGCCAUCAAAUGGCAGCUGGGUCUGCCAUCAAUAUUGGUUGUAGCGGGAAUACAUCAACGACAUCGGGAGCCCAGUGGCGGGUACCCAAUCCACACCCACUUCCCACCCGUCGUCCCCAACCUCCAGGGCUUCUCCCCACCAACAGUACAUCCGCAGGCAGCGAAACCGAAGCCCGCAAUCCUCAGAGAAGGCACUAGAAUUUCUGCUCUCUGCUGCUUUCAGGAUUCUGUUCUUCCUUUGGGUCCCCAACGUCUCCGAAUUCGGAAGAACGCGGGAGAUGCGGCUCUGUCUUGGCAGUACGAAAACACGCCGGCAGUGCACGGAUUGGCCGUUGCCCCGGGCGGCCCGCCCUGCACGUGA